AUCACCGGCACUGCUUAUGAUUAUGGAUACAGACCGGGAAUCUGCGCAUGGCGUUAUAAGAUAUUGACCGGUGGAGUUUUGUUUUUUUAAGCACGUGAAGCUCUUUUUGUUCCCAGAUGAUGGACAGCAGACCAGCGGCACGGACUCUCACACCUGACGGUGCAGCUUUGGCCAACACAUGAGAAAGGAAGGAGCUAUGUUGUGCCUGAUGAAGCCUCGCAGCCGCAGGGCGAUGGGGAGCGGGACCAAAACCCAACGGCACUCCAAACCCAUCACCAAAAUGUACUUCGUCUUUAUUUUGCUGCUGCUCUUCUUCACGCCGAGGGUGGACUCGUCGUGGUGGUACAUCGGGGCGCUGGGUGCUCGGGUGAUCUGCGACAACAUUCCCGGCCUGGUGAACAAGCAGCGGCAGCUGUGCCAGCGCCACCCGGACCUCAUGCAGUCCAUCGGCGAGGGCGCCAAGGAGUGGAUCAAGGAGUGCCAGCACCAGUUCAGACACCACCGCUGGAACUGCAGCACGCUGGACCGGGACCACACUGUGUUUGGCCGGGUGAUGCAGCGAAGUAGCCGCGAGGCAGCGUUCGUGUACGCGAUCUCUUCGGCGGGAGUGGUCUACGCCAUUACCAGGGCCUGCAGCCAGGGGGAGCUAAAGAUCUGCAACUGCGAUGCCCAGAAGAGCGGGCGGUCGAGCGACGACCGGGGCAACUUCGACUGGGGCGGAUGCAGCGACAACAUCAACUAUGGCACAAAGUUCGCCAAGACGUUCGUGGAUGCUCGAGAAAGGAUGGUGAAAGACGCUCGCGCCCUCAUGAACCUGCAUAACAACCGGUGCGGGCGGAUGGCAGUGAAGCGCUUUAUGAAGCUGGAGUGCAAGUGUCACGGGGUCAGCGGCUCCUGUUCUCUGAGGACCUGCUGGCUGGCGAUGUCCGACUUCCGGCGAACGGGCGACUACCUUCGCAAGAAGUACAACACGGCCAUCGAGGCGACCAUGAACCAGGACGGGACGGGCUUCAUGGUGGCCGACAAGGACUUCAAGGGGAGCACCAAGAAUGAGUUGGUGUACGUCGAGAACUCGCCCGACUACUGUCUCACGGAGCGCUCAGCGGGCUCCCUGGGCACGGCCGGCCGAGUGUGCAACAAGUCCUCCCGAGGCACAGACGGCUGUGAGGUCAUGUGCUGUGGGCGGGGCUACGACACCACGCGCGUCAAGCGCGUCACCAAGUGCGAGUGCAAGUUCAAGUGGUGCUGCGCCGUGGAGUGCAACCACUGCGAGGCCCUGGUGGACGUUCACACCUGCAAGCCCCACAAGCGUCCCGAUUGGCUGGACAUAACCUAACGAGGCGAGCCGACCAAUCACGAGUCCCGACCAGGACGGACUCCAUAACCUGCUCGCGAAUGACUUCAUUUUAUUACGGGAUAUAUAAUUGGGAUCUCCUGACUGUCAUACCUCUCUGGCUUUUGAUCCUUGGACACUUCAUGAAGCAGAGACUUCGCGGACGUUGAUGCUAAACUGGAAAAUAAGCCCAGUUACUGAUCGUGUGCUGCUUUGAAGAAUUUGUUGAGCUUUUUUUAAGACAAACGUUAAAUCUUUGAGACAAAGCGUCUGAAUAUAUUGUAUUGUUCUGUUGUUUGAAGCAGAGACUCGAGGUCGAUGUCUGCUCGUUUGAUAGUAUGUUCCCAAGGUGUGACCACAUGACAUCCUGCUCGUACUGAUGAUCAUAUCUACAUUCAUAUUUAGCCCGAAGAGAGAAAGAAAGAUGGAGAGAUCUUUGGAGAUAUUGUACAAACACUGACACUGUGUCAUUUCAAAUGACAUCAUUGGACUGUAGUGCAACAAAAUCAUUUAAAAUACAAAAAAAAAGACAA